UUAGUCUUUUCUGUUCCAAAGAAAAACCUUGAAUCAUCUUUUUCCUAUAAACCCUAUAAUAAGCAAGUUCUCUUUUUUUAUUUUUUUUUGGUUUCCCUAGAAAGAAGUUAAUUCUCUGUUGAGAUAUACGUUACCCAUUUCAAGAAGAAGUAUGUGUGGAGGUGCCGUCAUUUCUGAUUUCAUCUGGUCAUUGAGACGACCUUCGUUUGCUGAGCCAGAUCCGAGUCAACUCGGCUACGAAGGCUGUGUCUCCAUCGAGAAGCGUGUCUGCUCAGGCUCAGGAAAAGAUGGGACUGAGAAGAAGAAAGAAGGCAAGAAUAAGAGAGAGAGGAAGAAUAUGUACAGAGGGAUAAGGCAGAGGCCAUGGGGCAAAUGGGCGGCUGAGAUUCGUGACCCGAGGAAAGGUGUUCGUGUCUGGCUUGGCACUUUCAAAACCGCCGAGGAAGCUGCUCGAGCCUACGACUCUGCAGCCAUUCGAAUCCGUGGCGGCAAAGCCAAACUCAAUUUCCCAAACGACGAUUCCACCAGAAGAAACUGCAUCAUCAAGAAGAAUAAAGAGGUAUGUGGUGAUCAUUUGAUGAAUACUUGCGAUCAAUCUCCUCCUCUUUCUCCACUGCCUCCUCCUCCUAAAGACGACAAGGAAAACCAAGAAGUCAAACAGUUGUCGGAGGAGCUGAUGGCGUUCGAGGAUUACAUGGGAUUCUAUCAGAUUCCUUAUCUCGACGGCCAGUCUGCGACGGAAGAUGUUCCUCAGCAAAUAAGCCUCAUUGGUAAUCUCUGGAGCUUCCAAGACAACGUCUAAGAAUUUAUUUUCCCGGUUUAUUAUUCCUUUCGAAUUCCGCUGGUUUGCUCAUCCAAUCAUUUGUUUCUUUGUUAUUUCCUUGUUGUUUUAUAUUCACAUUUCAAGUGUAAUAAAUUAACAGUUAAAUGUUACUUUGUUUCUAUCUUAAAUGUAAAGCUUCGAUUCA